AUGACAGAGGUUCAGAAUCAACCAUGGGGUUGUUCUUUCCUCACAAGAGAGGAAUUCAAUCAACUCUCACAAGAUCCAAUGCAAAUUGUCAACAGAGCUGAACAAAAGAUAAAGCAACUCAAACAAUCAUUGGAAACAAUCUCUGCUAAAUCAUUAGUUGAUUCAACAAAUUCAGAACAACUAUUUCAACAAGUAGAAGCAAAGUAUGUCAGUUGUAAGAAAGAUUAUGAUACUGUUCUACAAGAGAACAAUAAGUUUAGAAAUGAUAUUCAAUUGUUAAAUCAAAAGAAUACAGAGUAUUUGGAGGAGAUGACAAAGUUGAAACAGAUGUUGAUUGAGAAGGAAUCUAGAACCAAUGCAUUGGGUAAACUCUACGAUGAGUUGCACAAGGAGAAGGCAAGUCUACACGAUAUCAUCGGUCGUAAGGAGAAGGAUAUCGUCGAGGAGACAGACGCAGUCAAGAAGCUGACAGAGCGUCUCAACGAAACCAUUAGAGUAAAGGGCGAGAUGUCCUCAAAGAUGUUGACACUCGAGAACGAGAAGACCUCCAACGAAUACCUGAUCAUGCGACUCAAACAAGAGAUCAACGAACUAAAGAAUCAGAAUCAACAUCUCUCAGAGUCUUGUGAGAAACAUACCAAACAUUAUUUCAAUGAACUUAAAGAGAUUAAAUCGAUAUUGACAGAGACAACAAGUAAGUGUGAUUUCCAACAAGAUGAGAAUCAGAGAUUACAGAACCAGAUAAAGUCAAAGGAAGGUGUUAUCGCCGAGUAUGAGAAAUCAUUGGAUCGCUAUCAGAAGGAGAUAAAGACGCUGAAAGAUCAGACUAUCCAGAAUGCAACACAGUUUGAGCAUGAAUUGGACAUUCAGAAGCGUUUGGCCAAUUUGUAUAAGGACGGUCAAGAUGAAGCGACAAAGAAGGUUAGUUUGUUGCAAACUCAGAUCGACCAACUGAAAGACGUUGAUCGCAAGUUGCGCGAAGAACACGAGCAGGCCUACAAGAAGAUGGAAGAUGCAUACGAUUCACUCGAGGAGAACUAUCAACGUGUUCUUAAAGAGUACGAUGAAUACAAGAAUAACAAUAGCAAUAAUAACUCUGGUAAUAGCAGCAACGGCAACAACAACAACGGUAUUUCCACACCCGACUUGAUGUCGCAGAACGAUAUUCCAUUGCUUUCGGAACCAAUCAAGCGUAGACUACAGGAAGUGGUGGAGCUUGGCAGUCGUGAGGAUAUCCGUAGGGAGCUGCUCGAUAUGGUUGUGCGUUACGACGACUUGACCAAGUUGUCGCUCCACGAGAAGCGCGAGAAGCGAUUCCUUCAGGACAAUUUGGAGCAUGUGUUGCGCGAAGUCGAGAAGAAGGCACCGAUUAUCCACGAGAAGAACAGAGAGUAUCAACGUUUGCUAAAGAGUCAGGAGAAGUUGUUGAACACCUACCAGGAGUUGCAAUCGGAGAAGGAUACGCUGACACUAAAGAUUCAGACAUUGUCCACCGAGAAUGCAAAAUUACGCCAAGAGAGCAGUGACCUUCAGAAGCAAGUAAGAAAUCUCUUGAAGGAGGCACUCGAUACCACGAGAAGCUUAAAAUCUGCAUCGAUUGUACCAGAUCAACAACAAUCAUCGAUGCAACACUCUAGAUCUUCUUUGUCGUCGUCUUCGUUAUCGCCAACAGAGGUCGAUCAAAUCAUACCGGAUUCACUCAUUACCUUCUCGACGAUCGAGGAGCUACAAAUUAGAAAUCAAGAGUUGAUGAGAAAUGUGCGUACUCUCAGUCAGGAGUUGUCACUGCACAGCCAGAACGACAAGAAACUAGAGAUUGCCAUUCAAGAGCUUGGUGUGUUGCGUUCGUCUCGUGAGAGACAAGCCGAGGCAAUCCAGUCGCUAGUCAAACAGAGAGAUUACUUUAAGAAUCUUUCACAAAACUCUGGUUUGUUGGUGAACGACGACAUUGCAUCGCCAAUGAAGUCGUCAUUCUCAUCGUUCAUUAAAUCGGGUGAAUUCCACAUCUUCGUCACGUGA